CCAUACUCAGGAAGCUAGAAAGCAAUCUUAAGAGCAAUUUUUGAGCUUUGAGAGUGAACUCCAAAGUCAACCCACCAAAAAAAGAAACAAGAAUGCCGAUCUCUAGAAUCGCAUUUGGAUCUCUGGCCGAAGCCGGUCAGCCCGAUGCACUCAAGGCCGGUCUGGCCGAGUUCAUCUCCAUGCUCAUUUUCGUGUUCGCCGGAGAAGGCUCCGGCAUGGCUUUUGGCAAGCUCACCGGCGGCGGCCCUGCCUCGCCGGCCGGCCUGAUUGCCGCGGCCAUCGCACACGCCUUCGCACUUUUCGUCGCGGUUUCCGUCGGCGCCAACAUUUCCGGCGGACACGUCAACCCCGCCGUUACCUUCGGCGCAUUCGUCGGCGGGCACAUCACAUUCGUCCGCAGCAUCGUGUACUGGAUCGCCCAGUUGCUCGGCUCCGUCGCCGCUUGCUUGCUUCUCAAGUUCUCCACCGGCGGGCUGGAAACCUCUGCUUUUGCUCUGUCAGCGGGAGUGGGCGAGUGGAACGCCGUAGUUUUCGAGAUCGUGAUGACAUUCGGGCUGGUGUACACCGUGUACGCCACUGCCGUGGACCCCAAGAAAGGAGACCUGGGAACGAUCGCCCCCAUCGCCAUCGGCUUCAUCGUGGGUGCUAACAUCCUGGCCGGAGGAGCAUUCGACGGUGCGUCGAUGAACCCAGCAGUGUCAUUUGGGCCCGCCGUCGUGAGCUGGACCUGGAGCAGCCACUGGGUGUACUGGCUCGGCCCGUUCGUCGGCGCUGGGAUUGCAGCUCUCGUCUACGAGAUUUUCUUCAUGGCUCCAUCCACCCAUGAACAGCUCCCCGUUCAGGAUUACUGAUUAAUUGUAUCGGGUUCGGGUUCCGGUUUGAGGGUUUGGUUUGGUUUCAAGUGAUUGUUGUUGGUUGAGUUGUGUUAUUAUUAUCUGCUGCUGCCUUUUGUUCCAAGUGUUGAAUAUAAUAAUCUGUAAGAG